CUCGUCCAGCUCUGGAAGCAGAGAGAGUAUUUGGGGUUCUGUCUUUCCUGAUGGCUAUGAGCACUGGCACUCUCUCUCUGGUGUUUGCCCUCUGCUGGACAUCUGAGACGGUGCGCUCCUACUCCAACACUCGCUCUCUGCUCAUGGCAGGACAGGCUCUUUACCCCACCACCCUGCUGCUCCUCACCAUGGUCUCUACAGGUUUCUUCUUCCUCCUCAGCUGGUCUCUUUUCACCUAUCAGCACAAGGAAGAAAUCCACCAGGACUUCUCCAGCCUGGGCUCCUCGUAUUGGCUGGGGGCUUUAGGCUGGGUCCUGCUGUUGGUUGUGGAGAUGAUAGUCUUUAUAGCAGAACAACUAGUGGUGCCAGACAUCCUACCGGACUUAGAGAAGGCUGUGGAGAAGUGGCGGGUUGAAUCACAACUAAAGUCCGCUAAUCGCUCCUUCAGCGACAGUUAUCACCCUGGUUACAGCACAAGCAACAUAGCUCCAAAGAGGUAUAUGUCAUCACCUUGAAUGGAGUGCAGAAAUGAGGAUGUGACAGAGAAAAUGAGUGUGAAUGUGUUAAGUUACACAUUAACAAACUCAAAGGAAGCAGCAAUUCCUCGCUGCUUUAUAGAUCUAUAAACCAGACUGUUAUUGAUUGACUUUCUUUUGAGUUAAGUGUUGCCUGGAGGAAUUAAGAUUCUCUGAAUCCUGUAAAUCUGUGGGACUGAGAGGGAGUCAUUCUCCAGUUUGUUUUCAGUGUGGCCUGAAAUAACAUUAAAAAAAACACUAAGGACCAAAAAUACUGGCUGGGAAAAUGGGCAACAAAUGUAAGUUGUAUGUUGGUAUAUUUGGGUUUGUAAAGUUUGUAAAGUUGUGUUCAGGAGUCCAGGUUCGCUUCUGGGCCAGGAACACAUCCAGGUGUGGAGUGCUUUCAGUCAAGUCAACUAGAACCUAUAGCUGAUUGUUUCAAUAGGUGCUGUGAUGUACUUUAUGAAUGUUAAAAUACUGCCAUGUGCGAUUUUAAGCAGUAAUUCUCAGGUAAAAAUAUGUAUCAGUGAAUGUUUUAUUCUAAAUGUGCGGGAAAGUAAGCUAUAAUGGCUCUAAUAUAUGAUAUACUGUAUGGUGACAUCAUAAAUCAUGUGAAAUGGCAAAUACACAUCAGUAUCCAGUGUCACUCUGUUAAAGGUUAGGUAUUAGAGUAUUCCUGUAUAUGCUGAUGAUGAAUA